AGAGGACAGCCUUUCUGUCAUGAAAUAGGACUAAUCAACUUAGUCGAGUUCGUAUUUAAGGCCAGGUGAAGUAACUGAGACAGUGUCUGCAACAGUGGUCAGACGUGCUUUUCAACCUGCAGUCAGAGAAGCUUCUGCAAUUUAAAGACAGGAAGUUUUUGGUUUUUUUUUUUUUGUUUUUUUUUCCAUGAGCAAUGUCAAAACCAAGAAAUCUUCACAGAGGAUACAAUGGACCCCCCAGAGCUUCGUAGAAAUAUGCUUGUGCCUGGCAAACCUGGCAGUCCAGACGGGAGGCAUCUGUGCCGAUUAUCUAGUGGAAUGACACUGGAAGAAUUCCAUCAGUGGCAACAGGUAUUGAUGAUAAACCCAACGAUGGCCAUGAACCCUUUAUUGACAGCAUCACAGCAGCAAAAGAUCCCCCUGGUUCCCUCACCAUUUGAACCUCCGACUGUGGAUAGAGAUUUAUUGCCUUCCAAUAUAGCUCCAACUGACUCAAGACAAUUUUGUGUUCCAUCCCAAUUUGGAUCCUCUGUUCUACCAAAUGCAAAUAUGCCAAACAUGAUGUCCAACUGUAUCUAUUCAGGUUGGGGCAUUUUACCACCCGAAUCCUUGAAGGCAAUGGCCAGAAGGAAUGAAAUGAUUCAAAGGCAGCAUACUGCCAGGAUGGAAAUGGAAAUGCAUGCCAUUUACCAGCAAAGGAAAAUAGAAAGAGUGAAUCCCAAGGGAUUAGCAGGUCUGGGAAUACCAUUCCUCUAUGGCCCCAGUGUCCCAGCUGGCCCAGCCACCUGCCAUGGCAGGAGCAUGCUCCCUGCCAGUGACCUGAACUUGCAUAGAUGCUCCCUCAGGAACCUUCAUGGAAACCCCAUGCUAGUGGCAACUGGUCCACGCUACCCAGAGGGUUGGGGGCAGAAAUGUCGUCGUCUCAGGAGAGGUACAGGGAAUCAGAAAAUUCUAGACAGUGAUACUGAGAGUUCCAAAAGUCAAGCAGAAGAAAAAUCCCUCGACCAGGUCCAUGUGAUUCCCUAUGAAGAGGAUGAGUAUGCAAAAGACCCAGAAACCGAAGCCCUCAACAACCAGAAGUCAAGCAAAAUCAAUGAAAAGCCAACGACAGUUCUUGCCAACACCUGUGGAGAGUCGGAGCCUACCCUUAGAAAACCCUGGGGAGCUCCCGGCGGCGCAAUGGAAGCAAAGGCCUGGGACAGUGGGAGAGAGGGUUCAGAGCAGGUUUUUACAGCCUGUGGUGAAAAGAAUGGGAUUUACCCUCCACUUCCUCAACCAUCUUUGUCAGGAACGCAUAUACUGGUUACAAGUAGGGCGACUCUGUCUUUGGAUGAAGAUAUUCAGAAAUGGACCGUGAGUGAUGUACACAGCUUCAUCAGUGGCCUUCCGGGUUGUUCAGACUAUGCUCAGGUAUUUAAAGAUCACGCAAUUGAUGGAGAAACUUUGCCAUUACUCACCGAGGAGCACCUUCGAAGCACUAUGGGAUUAAAGCUAGGGCCAGCACUGAGGAUCCAGUCGCAGAAAGAGACAAAGACCACCCCGUGGAGUAAGAAGGAGGCAGAAGAGAAAGUGAAGUACAAAAUAGAGAAAUAGAACGGCUGACCAAGGCCCCGACUCUUUUUCAUUGCAGCCUUCCAGGCUUCAGGGGUCUGCUUUAAGGUAGGAAAGGGCAGACAUUUUAACCUUAAAGUUUAGAGUCUGAUUACUAGUCAGCAUUUUCUUUCUGUCUGACAUGAAAAUAUGUUAUGACUAAAAAUAGCUGGCAGGCUCUUCAUUAUCUGACAAGGACAUGGAAAGUCAUAAUACCUCCCUCAGAUUUGACCCAAGGGGUGGAGUGGAGUUAUCUCUGCGAAGCAGGUUUGAGUUGGCAGGAUGGAGGGGAGAAGAUUAAAGUGCUUUCUUCAUGUACCCUGUGGAGUUCCACUCUUUCAACUUCACAUUCAACAGAGAGCCUCUGAAAGGGUACACAAGAGACUGACACAAGUUUGCUCAAGGGCUGGGGUGGGGGAGGACACAAGGGGACUGGGUGACAGGGGUGUGAGAGAGACUUACUACAUACCCUCUUAUACGUUUUGAAUUUCUAACUAUGGGAAUGUGUUUUCUAUUUUUCAAAUUUACACUUUAAAUAAAGAAACUGUAGUAAGCAGCCUCUAAGACGGCCCCCAAUGAUCUCUGCUUUCUAGUAUUCGUGCCCUUAUGUAGUCCCGUCCCCUUUUGAGUGGGCUGGACUCACUGACUCAUUUCUAAUGAAUGGAAUAUGAAAGGCAUAAUGGGAUGUCACUCUGUGGUUUCUGUCUGGGGUUCUCCCUCUCACUCUCUUAGGAAUCCUUGCUCUGGAAGUAGCCUCUAGGCAGCCCUGUAGAGAGGUCCACGUGAUUGAACUUGGAAAUGGAUCUUCUGAGGGCUGCCAACAGCCACAGGAGGGAACUUGAAGGUGGUUUGUCCCUGAGUCAAGCUUGAGAUGGCUUAAUGCCUCCUGCCCACAGCUUGGAUGGCAGGCAGCCCUGAGCCAGAGGAACCCCAGCUGAGCUUCUCCCGGAUUCCUGACACACAGACACUGAGAGAUAAUAAACAUGUUGUUUUCAACCACUA